AUGGCAAACAAUGCUUCGAAUGCAGAUGCUAAUAAAACCAAGCGUGCGUUGCUCGUAGUCGAUAUUCAAAAUGACUAUUUUCCUGGUGGCUUAUGGGCAUUGUGCGAUAUGGAUGCCGCAGCUGACAAGGCAGCUCGUGUUCUCGCAGCUGCUCGUGCCGCUGGUGAUCUUGUUGUUCAUAUUCGUCACGAGUUCACCACCGCCGAUGCACCAUUUUUUAAGCCAGAGUCUCUUGGCGCUCAGAUUCAUCCAAAAGCGCAGAACUUAAAAGACGAAUUUGUUGUGGUUAAACGUUACACCAAUUCUUAUCGAGAAACCAACCUAAAGGAAAUAUUAGAUCGUCAUGGUGUUAAACAGGUAGUUAUUUGCGGUGCUAUGAGCCAGAACUGUAUCGAUGCCGUGACUCGCGCUUCCUUUGACUUCGGAUAUGAAUGUGUCGUUAUUCACGAUGCUUGUGCUACUCGUGACCUGGAAUUCAAUGGGAUACAAAUUCCAGCUAAAUAUGUACAUGCUGCAUUCAUGGCUGCACUUCAAUUUGCCUAUGCCAAGACUGUCUCCACAGAUGAAUAUCUUGCUGGCGGAAAAAAAUAA